CCUCGCCUCACCGGUUGCGCCGCAUCCACUCCAUGAGGGCGCGCACUUCGGGGACGUCGGCCAGGUCCGGCUGGGCGGCGCCGAACUGGUCCGGGAAGCUGCGGUUGAGGUCUUUGCCCCUGGCGUUCUCGCGCCCGGAGGCGCCCUGAUCGCCGUCGCACUGUCCCUCCGCGGCGCGAGCGAAGCCGUCCGGGUUGAGGCUGGGCAUGAGAUAGAGGUCGGUGCCGUUGAGGAGGCGCCGCGCCCGGGUCUCCCCGCGCAGCCACCCGGAGACCAGCUCUCGGGCCAGACGCACCAGCAGGGCCCUGCCCAGCGUCUCGUCGCCGUGCAUGUUGGCCACCAGCUUCACCUGAGGCCGGCCCGGGAUGAGAGGCCCGCCCACCGGGUCCCCGGGGCUGCUGCUGCUGCUGCCAGAGGCGUCGGCGGGCUCCGGCAGGCCGGCGCUGAGUCGCAGCACCCACAGCUGCCUCCCUUCGCCCGAGCGGCCGAUGGAGAAGAGCCGCGCCAAGCCGUGCGGGGCCUCCUCCUCCGCCAGCCGCCGCAGCGACGCCCCCAGCUCCGCUUCGUCCAGGUAGCGCAUCGCCGCCACCACGCCGAUGGACGGCUCCGUCGAGGCCGCGGCCUCCGCUUUCUUAAUAUGCGCCGCUUCCGCCGCCAGCCGCCAUGAUAACAACAACGACGAGGAUAACAACAACGACGAGGAUAACAACAACAACGGCAACCGGCCCGGCACGAAGCCGCUUACUCGCCCCCGGCCCGCCAUCGCCGCCUCAGGGGUGAGAGGUCGCCGCCGCCACUGAGGGGAGAAAAGCGCUCGCGGAGGUAACUCGACGCCCUAUUAGUGGGGAGGGAAAAGAGCAGCGCGCCAAUGGGGGAGAGGAAAACGAGCCAAUAGGAAAGGGAGAGGCGGGAAGAGGGCCAAUGAGAAGAGGCAGAGGGCGAGGUUAGAGGCGAAAGAGGGCGCCGUGUAACCCUUGAAGGGACGGAGAAGAGAAAAAAAUAGCUGGGUGACGGGAGGCGGGGCCAGAGGAAGGGGGCGUAGAGAAAGCGUGACGAGAGCCAAUGAGAGGACGCAGGGGAGACGACGGAAAAUGGAGGGGUGGGGCUGAAAGCGGGAGACGUGGAAAUUGUAGAGAUGGCGUAAGCGCAAUCAGCUGCUCACGUGAAGGGUCUGCCCGCGACUGCAGCGUCACGUCUGGAGGAGAAAACACGGAAGUUUUGUUUAUUAUUUUUUGUUCACCUGCUAUACUUUUUUAUUCUGCUUUCUCAGACAAAUGUUUCCCAAAGCAAUUAUAUAUUAGAAAGUCGUACAUAGGUAUGCCCUCGCCCCCCAAAAAACUUCUUAAAAGGGUCUAUUUUCUUAGAGACCAUACGAAAAGCCAUGUAUCUGGAUUAGGUCAAAGGGGGCUCAUCUAGUCCAGCCUCCUGGCCUCACAGUGGCCAACUGGAUGCCCCAGUGGGAAGCCCGCAAGCAGGAGCUGAGUGCAACAGCAACUCUCCCUACUUGUGAUCCCCAGCAACUGGCAUUCUGAAGCAUCCUGCCUCCGACAGCAGAGGUAGGACAUAGUAAUCGUGGCUGAAGCCACUAAUAGCCAUAAAACCCCUGAAUUUCUCUAAACCUCUUUUAAUAGCUGCCUAAGUGGGUAGCCAGCCAUCACUUCAUCUUGUGGCAGUGAAUUCCAUAGCUUAGCUAUGCGCAGCCAGCUGGGAGUUGUAGUCCAAGACACCUUCAGGGCACCAGGUUGGCAAAGGCUGCCCCAGAAGAUCCUGCAGUACUGAAGAAGACAGACUUUGGACGGGGACUCCACCAUCAGCUUGGUAGUUAUUCGGUGCCAGCCAGGAGUUUUACAGGUGGGAAGCAAAACACCUGCAAGCAGCCAAACCCUUUCAAGGUUUGUUUGCUGAGGUUUUCUUGAGAUUCACUCAUGUCAGCUCCCGUUGUGAAAUCAAGGAAGUGGAGCUGCCUCAGGAGAAGGCAUUGACACGUCAGGAAUUCCUCUAUAGGGACACUGUUCUCGGAUUGGGAUGAAAGCCAGCAAUGACUCACUCACACCCCAGUGCUUGCCGCCCGGGUGUUUACACAUCCCAUGACGCAGCCAGCCAUGAGGCCUGCUCUGCGCUUCUGCUUCCAUAGUUCUCAAACGUACCUUGUAAUAGCUGGACCCCCAAAGAGAGGAAGGAGAUGGGGAGCCACAACUGAAAAGGCCCUCCGAGGCGGGACCUGGAGAAGGGCCCCUGAAGAAAAUCUAAAGGUCUAGUUACAACAAAAUGGAAAAGAUGACUUGUUUGCUUAAGAAGAAGCUGUUGCUGCUGCUGCUUACUCCCCCUCAGGAGAGGCAAGAUGGUUCUGUGGAUGCCCCAGUGGUGACAGCUGUGAGAAGGAGGGAGAGGCCACUAUGGUUCUCCUCUCUUCUCAGGGCAAAAUAGCCCAGUGCUGUUCAAGAAUAAGGACCUUCUGCCUGCAAGAAGACUGUGCACUGCCCUCAGGGUCAAAAACCCUCCGUGGCACCCUCCUGCCUCCUUUCUGCCACAGGUCCUGGCCAGGGUGCAUCGCAGAUGGCCUCGAAGGGGACUGCAGGCGUCCUUUGGAGAACACCUCUGUUCCUCUUGGCACUUUUGCCUUGCACUGUCACAGGCAUACAGCUGGCUAUUAAUGCCAACACAACUGGUUAUCAACUGCCAACGAGGCCUGGCCUACAGGAGUCCCUCUGGUGCACAGUCCAGAAUCACAGCCAGGGAGAGGAACUCCUCUGGUUCCGGGGAGACGGGCAAGUCGACUUGAAAGAUGGAAACAAAGUGAACGCCAGCAACAUCUGCAUCUCCAUCACCACAGACGACAACGGCGUUUCCUUUACCUGCAAGUUGGCCCGAGAUGGAUCUGUCAAGAUCUCUGUGGUACUGGAGGUCCUGUUCUCACCAGUCCUAAGUGGAGAAGACCCUCCCUCAGCCGAGGAAGCGAGCGACGUGACACUCAAUUGCCACACAAAGGCCAAUCCUCCUGCUCAGAUGGUUUGGUAUAAAGACAACCGCACACUGGCCCUGGAGAAAUCCCGGUACCAGGUUUACCAGACCAGUGACCUCUUUCAGCUGGCGAUUAGCCGAGCCCAGACAUCUGACGGCGGGGUGUACACCUGCCUGGCUGUAUCCGACUGGGGAACAGAGAGGAGGGAUUUCCAUCUGGUCGUCAAAGAUAGGAAGCUCCCUUUUCCUACUGAGGCUGUCAUUGCUGCAGCUGUGGUCGUCUUCCUCACUAUCCUUUUUGCUAUUGUGGCUCGAUGGAAGAGGAUUGCAAAGUGCUUUGGGAAAGCGAGUGAGGCGCCAAGCAACACCUCACUGUGAAGGGAUGCCUACACUGAAGCGACCAAUUCUUGCCCGUCACCGCAGAUCAGAAGACCCUUCCUGUUUCCAAGGGGAGCCCUUGUGUGGCUGUGGUUUAAAUGCUUUGAUUACUUUAAAAGUCCCCCACUUCCCACCAUCAAACAGUUACUCCUGUGUGUUAUAUCUUUGCUUUACAAUUGGGGAAAUUCAAAGUGAUUUUACAAGGUCAAGGAUUAAGGGUUGUUCCUCAAAUACCCAAGCUGUAAAUUAGGGGUGAGGAACCGGUGCUCCUCUAGACGUUGCUGUACUCCAACGGGCCAUCCCAAGUGUCAAGGCUGAUGGGAGUUGGAGUCUGACAACUUCUGGAGGGCAGCCACAGGCUGUCAGCCCCUGGCAUACGUAUACAGCAAGAGCAAAUUUCAGUACAAAUGCCUGUCUGAAGAAUGACUGCAGAUGUGUCUUCCCCCACUCACUCCAGGCAUAUGGAAUCUCCAUUUUGAGUCAGGCCCUAGAUCAUUUGGUCUAGGCCCCAAAUCAAACGAAUGGAGGCCUUGUAAUAGGGUUUGCUAAUUGCUUAACUGAUUAAUAUACACCACAAAUACAGCAUAUAUUAUUUAUCUUGUUCUCCACCUUCUCGGGAAGCUUCCGAUGAAAUCAGAGCAGGAGAUCAUCAUUCCAGCAGCAUUGAACAUUCACCCUACCUGCGCCUGCUGGGGGUGGGAAGCGUUUCUCCCAUGUGCUUGUUUCCAUAGAGCAUCUUUGUACAGGGAUGGAGAGGUGGAUAAAUGUCUCUUACUCAUGCGUGUCUCUUUCUUCUGCCAGUGGGUCAUCCUUCUGUUUUGUGAUGGGGGUGUUACAAAAGGGCAAGACCUUAGGUGUUGGCCUGCCUGUUAUGGCCCCCAAUUCCCAGGUUUGCCGAUCAGGAAUUAGAGACGAGACCUGUUAAAUUGCAAGAGCUUGCCUUUAUUCCUUUGCAAAGGGAGAGAUCACCAUAAAGUGGGCUCUCUCUCUUUAAAACAGACAACCAACACAGAUUGUCACAGGGGGGUUGCAUUUUUAUGCAGUGAAGUGGUUUUAGUGAAAAAGGCAGUCACAUUGAUUAAGAUUGGUCUGCCCCCUCCCCAAGUGUUCAAGGCCCAAGGAACUGUUUCAUGAAAGCAGCUUUGGUGCCCUCCAGAUAGUUUUAGACUACAAUU